AUGACUAGCUGCGAAGACACGACCAUUAGGACAUCUACAGCGAUUCCUGGAUGUAAAGGCAAGGAGCCAGUUGUCCAAGUCGCAUCAGGUGCACAGGGCUCGAGCAACGCGCAGGCAUCCGCAUCCAGCGAAUCCAAGACGCCAAUCACGCUAUCAAGAACUGUCUCCUCAUCUCAGGUCAAAUCUUCAGAUUUGGUGGGAACUAACACUGCGAACACCUUGACUUCGACAAGCACCACGAACAGCACAGACUCGGACUCGAGCUCUAGCAUCAGCUCACCUUCACCUAUCAAUACAAUCCGUAAUUCAAGAGUAUCAGCGCCUCGCGAGUCUUUGCCCGCUGACUGGGUCGGCCCAUCACCUACCCCUAAUCGCGCCAGCACAUCAUCCAAUUCAUCAGGCUCGCCAGGGUCCAACGUCGAUGAUGGUCCCAGCCGUACUCCAUCUCCGAAGUCACCGGAACCUGAUCAGGAGGACUCGGGAAAAAAGGUGGCAUACCCGCCUCCCUAUGCCCCAUGGACGGUUGUCGACGACGGGGCCGGGUGCAAGGAGACGUGGUCGUAUCAUUAUAUGAACAUUGCGGCCAUGGAUGAUUACAAGGGCAUGUCACCAGAGGAGCUCCGCAUGGCUGACUACAAACUCGACCGUGGCAGACCGAGUAGACCCAAGGCAGGCACCAGAGAUGCUACACAGUUCUUCAGUGGUUUCCCUUCGGUGGCUCAGAACACCACCGCUGGUCCGUCAUCUGAGACAAUCCGCCCCGCUGCUCGAGUGACCCCCCAGCAAGUGCCUCCGACUGACCACCAAUCAAAGGCGAAUCCUGCUGCAUCCACUCGCCUCUUCCUCUCAUCUGUCGGCUCCGUCCCCUCACGUUCCAACUCCAUUGUGCGUCCGAAUACGAGCCAAGGUCUCUCCUUCCCAGAUGCGUCGAUGGUCAUCCGUAUCGGCAAUACUACGCACCGCGUUCACCAUACCAUUCUCUCCCAGCAUUCUUCCGUCUUCCGCCGUCUAGCAAGCUUGGACGUUUUUCAAGAGCUCACGAAGGGUCCUAAUGGUGAUGGAGACGCUGAUGAGAGUGGGUAUGGGAAGGUGCCGGUCGAGAUUGACUUGCCAGCAGUCCACGAGACGGCGAUCGGGGAACUAUUUGCCGCGAUCUAUAACUCCGCAUCCUCGCUUCCCUUGACAGAUCCCCUCAACCCUUCCUUUUCCUUCGAACGCCUAACGACCCUUCUCUGGGUUUCUGCGCCAGACCACUACGACGUCCCCUACGUCCGCACGCGAGCCCUGCGUACUCUGAGAGGCAUGUAUCCAUCCAGGCUCGAACGCGCCACAGCACUCUCCUCGUUCUCUUCGAGCCUGGACGACCAAACCGUCGUCGACAAAUCCCGCGCCCAUGCGCUCGACACAAUAGUGGCUGUGCGGAGCAUCGCGGGCCGUGCUCGGGCCGCAUGUGCCGAUCCGGAUGCGGAGUGGGGUGACGCGCACGGGGAGGAAUGUUUGAAGUUCGUGGAGGAUCUUGAGAGCGUUCUGCCGUGCGCGUUCUACCUUGCGGCUCAAGUUCCGAUAGAACAGGUGUUCGAUGCAUCGGCGUCUUCUGGUUGUGGUACUCCCGAGCAAGCUGCACCGCCUGCGGACGCGUCGGCCCACCCCGCCGCGGCGCUCUUCGACACAUUCAACGCGGGUAGUGUCGCAGCCGCAGAUGAGGAAACGGAUCCGCUUGCAGCCCGGCUGGACUAUGCGGACGUACGGCGGAUUGUUCUAGGUCGCGAACGUCUCGCGACGCUGGAUAAAGAAGUCCUCACGCCUUUCCUCCGAGCUAUAUCCUCAUCGUCUACCACCACCACCACCCUUAGUUCAUCUCCUCUCUCUUCAAGCAAAAGUCAUUGCUGCACAAGCGCGUUAUGUGCACGGUCCACAGAACCCGAUCACGAGAGCAUGCUGCGUUGCCUCCAAGCGCGCUCUGACUCUGUGGAAGCAGCUCCAAGUGACGGCAUAGGUGGCGUUUUAGAGCGGUUCGUCGAGUGGGAGGUCCUCGGGCUGUGUUCUGGGUGUGUCAAGAGCCAGAGGGAGGCGCAUGAACAGGCAAGGAAGGAAGUGUGGGCCCAGUUGAAAGGGGUGUUUGAUUUGGAAUGA